AUGAGCUCACAUCAUCCGCUUAGAGGCGGCUGCAGCUGCGGGCGGAACAAGUACAUCAUCGAGAUACCAGAAGGUGCUACAGAUUCGGCUCAGGUCUUGUUUGAUACGGAUUCGUCACGUCGUAACUCGCAGGCGACCCCGCUGGCGGCCUUCAUCCGCGUGCCCCUGGCGUGGUAUCACAGCGCGACCUUCGCCUUCUUCCCGGACGAGACGAGCUCCAUGAUACGUAGAGUCUACGAAAGUCCAAGUGAACAGCACUCAAAACGCCAUUUCUGCGGCUUCUGCGGCACCCCGCUGUCUUACUGGUCCGAGCAGCCUCGAAGCGAGGCCGACUACAUCCAGCUCGCACUCGGCAGUUUGUCUCGUCGAGAUCUGAGCGACCUGGAGGACCUGGGUCUGAUUCCGGAUGAGGAAGAGGCGGAACCGGAGGCUUCACAAGCUGUUGUCCCAGCGCCAAAGGAGGAAGUCUACGAGGCGCGCGAGACCUCCGGCUUGCCCUGGUUCGACACCAUGAUGCAGGGUAGCAUAUUAGGCAGCCUGCAUACGAGUAAAGGCAGUCGACAGAGUCGUGACGGGCGUGCCAGGGUGGAGUGGGAGAUUGUCGAGUGGAAAGCAGAUGACGACUCGGAAAACUCUAGUCUUGGCAAGAGGAAGUUGCAGGAUCGAGACGAUCAGGACGGCGGAGCUGUUCAGAUGGAUAUUUCACGUCACUGA